AUGACUUCAGUGUCACCGGGUCAUCGGAGAAAAUUCUCCGGUAAGGACCCGCCGAGUUCGAGGCGGCCGGAGAAACACUGGAGCGGCGGCCGCGGAUUGGCACUGACACUGAAGGCUCCGUUGGAAAACAGUGAGCGUGGUCUUCGAGCAUCAAAGGUGUUGGUGAACGUGAGCAUCGAGAAGUGCGUGGGAGCGGUGCAGGUGGUGAUGUCGCCUGAGGGCACCGUCGCCGAUCUGAUAAAGGCGGCGUUGGCUAUUUACGAGAAGGAGAAGAGGAGGCCAUUCUUGGAGAACAACGAUCCCAAGUGCUACGACCUUCACUACUCUUCCUUCGCCCUUGAAAGUUUGAAGGUAGAUGAAAAGAUAAUGAAGUUGGGAUCAAGGAAUUUUUUUCUAUGCUCAAAGCCUCCCACCUCUUCUUGCCCUGAGAAAGAGAAUAUGGCAAUUGAUUCUGCAUUUCCUUGGAUGGUAUUCGUUCCUCUUCUGCUUUAG